AUGCUUUCCAGGGAUUUCCGUUCGUUCCAGACGUUCUUUUUGCUGCUUGUAUUCGUUCUGAGUGCGAGAUCAUCUCCAGUGGUCAGCAAACAAGAGACGUCCCAAUGCUCAGCAAGAGACAUUGCGAUCGUUCGCCGUACAGUGCUUGGCGAAUCGUACUUCUGCAAGUGGUGGUUAUCCGAUGCUCGGACCCGGUCGCCUUUCUUGGAGUUCACCCCAGCUCAGGUCGACAAGCUCUGCAAAUGUAUCGUAAAUGCUUCUUCAAAGUCCAAACGUGAGGAUACUUUCAUACAUGAGUCCAUUCUCGAGAAGAGACAGACGAAAGCUGCAUGCAGCGCCGAAGUUAGCAUCCAGUUUACUCAACCUUGGCGCUUCUGCAAGUUCUACAAUGCCUACCCUAGAACCACUUCUCCCUUUGCGAAAUAUUCUGCCAGGCAACUCGUCGCACUCUGCGACUGUGCAAAUGAUCAGACAACAUCUUCCACGAAGAAAUCUUCUUCAUCCAUUCGCAAACCUACGUCCUCCUCAAAAACGUCGUCUACUUCCAAGGGUUUGUCAACCACAAAGACAUCGUCAACACAGCGACCCACCUCAAUCAAAAAGUCAUCAUCGACCCAGAAGACAACUAGCAGUCUGGUCAAACCGUCAUCGCAGACAUCGUCUAGAUCUUCAUCAAAGACAUCGUCUGGAUUCUCAUCAAAGACGUCGUCUAUGAGCAAGAGUACAUCUAGUUCAGUCAAGCAAGUCAUCAGCUCGUCAUCAAAGUCAUCGUCGACGAGCAAGAUUAGCACUACCACGAGUAAGCCUGUCUCAAAGACCUCUGCAUUGAACACCAUCGUCAGCAUUCCGGAUAGUCUUUCGCUCAAGCCUUCAUCCACAUCCUUGUCAACACUCAGUAAAAGUGUCAGCAGCUCCGCCAGUUCGGUUUCGAAAAGUCUGUCCUCGAGCAAGGUUGUCAGCAGUUCCAUCCAAACGACCUCAUCCGCGAAGGCUUCAACCAGCUCAAGUGUUCCAUUCUGCUUGGCUCAAUCCACGCUCCUCGCAAGCAUCCCCGGGCAGAUUGAUCAAGCCUCAGAGUACUGUUCAUCACUUUUGAGACCCGUUGUCACAGCUGUAGCAACCACGACCGAGGUUGUUAGCACUACACUGCCCACGAUUCGAAGCACCGCGAUCGUGAUUCUUGACUCCUCGGUCGCAGAGACUGCUACGUCGACUUACGUUGAGACUGAGACCGUGGUCGUUUCCGUCACGGCCGAAAGCACAGCGACUCACACCAGCGAGAUAUCUGAUUACGUCGAGACCACCAACAUUGGCACAUUGCUUCUUGUAACCAUCACAGAAUAUCAGACAUCGACGGUGCUGGCCGCCCGAGACGUCGGUCCAUCCUCAAUUCCCGAACCAGAAGCUUGGUCCAAACUGUCACCUUCUCAAAUGACACAGGCUUGCGACUGCAUUUUGCAGAAGGCCGCUCUGAAGCCCACCACCGUAUACAGAUCUACUGAGGUCCAGACUCGAACUACAACCAUCAUGACCGAUAUCGUUGCGACGAGCACUCAGAUUAAUGCAGUCACUUCAUUCGUCACUCGGAUUCAUACUACUAUCCUUCCUCUCAACCUGACUUCGACGGUGUCUACUGCUGUCUCGGACUACACAGUCAUCAAGACACUGAACGCUACCUCUACGACUUCUCUAGACUCACUCGGUACCACGACACAAUAUACCACAGCGCUCACGACAUACAGCUCAAUUCACGUUCUCGCACCGACUGCGCCAGGUGUUCCUGCUAUCGCCCUUGCACAACCUACUGCUAUCGUUGGCGAUGUGAAUGGCGCGCCAUACGAUGUUGACGAUAACUCCUAUGCGGUAGUGCUGCCUGUAGAUAUCACGCUCUUUGGCGAGUCCGGCGUAAAUGUUCAGCUCAGCGUCAAUGGAUUCAUCAACCUAGGAAGCGUCACUGCUUAUGGCUUCUAUGAGGAUCUGUACAUCUACAAGGGUACUCAACAAGGCAUCUACUACGAAGUGAGCGGCUCCGCGCCUCACCGACAAACGGUUUUCGAGUUCUACGUCAGCAGCUAUGGGGACUCGACACAAUACUAUCACUUCUUGAUGAAGUUCGCUGAAGACAAGCCCAACAUCGUCACCUACCAAUAUUUGAGUGUCAGCGAUAAAGGCCAGUACGCCGCUGUUGGUGUGCGAAGUACUAACUUGAACCAGGCUACAAUGCUCUCAAGUCCUCAGGGCAUGAUUUGUCCUGGAUUACAACUCACCUUCGAUACUACCCCUGGUCAGAGCUCAUACAACAUUGACAGCCCCGGUAGCUGCACCUGA